AUGUCGGACGACGGUUUUGACGACGGUCUCAGCGAUGUGGAAUGUGUGGAUGUGAAUGAUAUCAUGGCCGGGUUCCGUGAUCUCACCAUCAGACUCGACGUUAAGGUAAUCGGAUAAAUGAAUUCGGUCUUUGUUUUGACCUUAACACGGCCAAUGUUUUAUUUUUUAGAUUGUGUACUCAAUUUAUUAUAUCUGCGUGUUUGUCGUCGGCCUCAUUGGAAACGGGUUGUUGAUCGCCAAAAUACGACGACAAAUGACUGUGGCAAACGUCUUUCUCAUAAAUCUCGCCAUUUCUGACCUCGUGAGUGGGCUUGAGCCACGUUAGAAAGAUUGGGGAUACAGGGUUGUCCAUGGAAUGUUUACAGUGGACGAGCUGAUCCAGUGGCAAAAACGUACCAUUUUGCAUUCAGGAAGUAUCAAAAAUGUGGCAAAAUACCUCCCUCUUCAAGUGAAAAAAACGCUCUUUUUGUGAGGAAAAAGGGCGCACACUUGAAAACAAAGUUUUUUCACUUGGAGAGGGAAGCAUUUUGCCAGGUUUUUGAUGCUUCCCGGAUGCAAAAUGGUACUUUUUUUGCCGCUGGAUGACAAAUAGUGGAUGAAAAUUUACAAAGAUCAUCCUUUUACCUGGAAUUACAGAAGACAAAAACGGUGGUUUUGUAGAUCAUCUAAAUAUAUUAUUUUGUAAAUUUUGAUUGUUUACUAUGCAGUUGUGAUGUAAAAAUUGUAAUUAAAAAACUGUGUCUUUCUUAAUUUCAGUUACUUUGCAUUACGGCGCUGCCAAUAACUCCAGUCUUGGCGUUUAUGAAACGCUGGAUUUUCGGCGAUAUCAUGUGUAAAUUGGUCCCAUUUUGUCAAGGAAUCUCGGGUAAGUUUUCCGAAAAAAUUAAUUAGUUCAAUUAAAUUCGCCCUUUUAUUUCCACCCUCAGGCCAUAAACCCUAUUUUUCGACCAUUUUGAGCACUUACUUUCCCAUCUGCUUCUAAAUUUGGAAGCCUUUUCUGAAACUAGACCCCCGGGUAUACGCAAAAAUAUCCGAAUUCCACAGACCUCGAAACGGGGUAAUUGAAUUAACUUCCGGUCAAAAUUCGGUGCCAAGAAGUUAAUUUUCCAGUUGAAGCAUAAACAGAGAUGGAUAGAGCGAAAACCAAAGAGCGGCCGAAAGGUUUGAAAAUCAUUGGCUUAAAAAAGACAUGGAGGAUUUAUUUUGUUGAUAACGGGGGAGAUAAUUGAGCAAAGUUUUCCAAAAUUAUAUUCUUUUGACAUAUGAGGUCUAUAUUUUUGACCAACCAAAUUUUUAUUGAAAUAUCCCCUCAGGGCUUUUUUAAAUUAAGAUUUUUUAGCAAAACUGCCCGCAUUUUCAUCUUUGAUUUUGAAAACCACCAGUUUCUUUGGUACGAAGUAAUUGUAGUAAAUAAAAAAAGAAAUGUUUACAAAUUGCCUAAAGGGUUUUUGGAGUGAUAUACCAAAAAUGAGGAACCCUGAGAUUCUAAAAAUUUCACGUUUGUAAAUUUAUAUCUAUUACCUGCCAAGUAAAAACCACAAAUCUUUAGGACCAGCAAGCAAAACAACACAGAAUACUACAUCUAUUUUGUCCUCCUGUCAUAACUUUUUUCCCUCUGUUAUUUUCCACCCCCGCCUUGGCCAAUUUUUCUGUGCUCCAAACAGAUAUCUGCCAGAAACCCUGGGCCAUGUUGUCUUUUCGGAAAACAUGGCAGAAACUGAAUUAGAAUCUAAACUGUAAUCAAUUUUAAUCCCAAGGAAGGGAAUUUUCGUCCCGUGGGACUUAUUUUAGUCGGCCGUUCCACUUUAAGGGCGCUAUAAAAACAUUUUGCCCACUAAAAAUGUCAUAAGUGGUUCCGGGUGGGGGAUAUUUUGAGGCCGUCGGGAUGAAAAUAACCAACAUCAUACGGAAAAAAAGAUUAAUAACAAUUUCAUGUGUGAUUCGCCUCGACAAUCUCCGAUUUCAGUCCUGAUCUCAACCUACUGUCUGUGUCUGAUCGCGGUGGACCGCUAUCGUUCCAUUGUAACCCCGCUGAAGGUUCCAUGGACCACUCGUCAGGCGCAGUGUUUCAUGUUGGUUUGUUGGACGGCGGCGGUCGUGAUCUCGCUGCCCCUAUUCGUCGCCCAACAAUUGAAACAUAUUGCAUUCGCCAAUAUAACAUUGUGCGGGCAGUUUUGCGGCGAGUACAAUUGGCCCACCGACACGAGGGUCAAGUUGACGUACGGCUCGGCGCUGCUGAUAUUGACAUAUCUCAUACCGGUUUCGAUUAUGGCUUUCUGUUAUUGGAAGAUUUUGCAAAAGGUAAGCGGUUGAAACGGAGCGAAAGAUAUUCGGGAGUGACACUUUCGGGCAGCCGGCAUUUUUCGAUUAGAAUUAUUACAGCGGGGGACCUGAUCCAGUGGCAAAAAACGUACCAUUUCGCAUCCAGGAAGCAUCGAAAAAUGUGGCAAAAUACCUCCCUCUCCAAGUGAAAAAACGCAGAUUUAAAAAGCGCGCCCGCUCUUUUUAUAACGAAAAAGGGCGCGCCCUUCAAAACGAAGUUUUUUCACUUGGAGAGGGAGGCAUUUUGCCACACUUUUGAUACUUCCCGGAUUCAAAAUCGUACAAUUUUUGCCACUGGAUCAGGUCUGUAGAAUAGGAAACCCGUCAUCAACGUAGUAUGAUAGUAAUUUUAUAUUGACAGCUCUCUGGUACUGAUAACUAUACGAAUCUAUUGAAUUCAUUCACCGCUUUCAAAGUUAUGGUUGUUUGUUUUCAAAAAAUGCUAAAAAUGCUUGGCUAACCUUAUGAUGACGAUUCAAGCCACUUAUCCACUAGUGAGCUUGAUUCGCUACAUCUAACGGCCAAAUCCUUCGUUUGAAUUUCUUAUUGUAAGCAAAUGUUGGCUGAUUUCCAAACAUGCCUGCAGAAUCUCCGUGGUUCUUCUAGCUGUCUGCAAAGUAGUUGCCCGCAAGUGUGGGCCCGCCGCACGUCAAACUAAGGAGUCCCGUGGCCGGCAUAGACUCUUCGCUAUCGGUUUUUUACACUUCGUCUUGAUUGCACAAAGAAGACAGAGAAAAGACGCUGAAAACAUACUCUCUCGCCCCAAAAAUUCCCCAUUUCUUCCUCGACAAAAGGUUUUUUCGCAUCUUUUUUUUUGGCGAAUUGCCAAUCCAUUACCGGCUUUUUUUUUGCCUGUUUCAGUUUGACGUGCGCCGCUCUUCAAUUCUCAAAAAACAUAGCGCUUUGACAACUCUAUUCCUUUCUUUUAUCAUCGUCAAAUUUAGGUCCGACAAGACUGGAUUGUGAACACCGGUUCCAUGCUAACUGAGGCUCAACAGGCUCACACGUCGGUCCGAAAACGCCGGGUUAUGUACGUCCUAAUCCUGAUGGUCGCCGUAUUCAUGGGGUCUUGGAUGCCGUUGACGAUUGUCAACAUUCUCCGUGACAUUGGCGUCUCCGCGCUGGAAGUCCAAAUGUACUUCAAACUGUUGAAUGCGCACGCUGUGGCCAUGUCGAGUAUUGUUUCUAAUCCGCUGCUGUAUUUCUGGAUGUCAAAGGUACUCUUUUUGCCACGUUUUUCUGAGAGACUGACAAAAUAAUCGGUAGUUUCAACUGCGUUUUUUAGCGGCAUCGUCGUGCCUUGAAAGACGACAUGUUUUGGUUGACCAAUGUGCGACGUCAACAUCAAAUGGGGUUGUUGGAAAAGUUUGCCCCGUCCCCGUCAGUGGGGAUUAUGUAUAGAAAAAGUCUGGAGAGGCAUUUGCUGAACACCAAGUACAAUCCGUAUAGGUGAGUAGAUAGAUUACAAAUCCGCAUACAUGUUGAGCAUGCGUAAGCAAGUUUGUUGGCAGAUAAAAGUAUUUUUUAUACCAACCUUUUUAGGCGUGGCACCCUCGCCGACCCGACGAUGAUGAGUCGCGAACGAUCUCUGCAAGAAAUGCACGCCAACUGUUUCCUCUUGGUACCAUUAAUGCCAUUGUGCGUACCAACACGAACAACCUCAACCGGGUCCUCCUGUCUGAAGGAUUCGUCGGUUUUAUUCCGAGAGAAAAUGUGA